AAGCAGUGUCUUGCGAUCUGUGACCGUGCUGCAAGCAAAGCUUCGUCGGAGGCGGUUCAUGUGCUGGAAGAUGUUGACAUUGGACGUGAUGGCCAGCAAAUGCUAAUUGCAUCACUGGGGGAGCUGUUCCAAGUCAAGGGUGUCAAACUUGGCGAACGUGCGACGCAAAUAGUACGUGCGCUUCCGUCGAGCGCAAUUGAUGAGCUUAUCAGAAAUAUUGCGAAGAGAGGGCUCUCGUAA